CCAACCGCCAAAAACCUAACAAGAAGAAAAAAAAACAAGCAGUGGCUAGUGAGCUAGCCUACUUGCGGGCUUUAUUUAGCAAAACAUGGCUGCUGUGCUCCCCGUUAGACUGCCCUGCGAUAGCAACCCCGCUACUCCUGGAGCACAAUCCAUAAAGGAGGAUGUCAUAGAAGAGGAGUCCAAUGAUGGCAGUCAGCUUCCCAAGAGAAGGAGAAUGGGAUCAGGGGACAGCUCUCGGAGCUGUGACACCUCCAGCCAAGACCUUGGCCCGACAUAUUUCCCAGCAGAGAACCUGACGGAGUACAAGUGGCCUCCAGAUGACACAGGAGAGUAUUACAUGCUGCAGGAGCAGGUCAGCGAGUAUCUGGGAGUCACAUCCUUCAAGAGGAAGUACCCUGAUAUGGAGAGAAGAGACUUGUCCCACAAAGAGAAGCUUUACCUGCGUGAACAGAACGUCAUUACUGAGACACAGUGUACUCUGGGUCUGACAGCUCUGCGGAGUGACGAGGUGAUAGAUCUGAUGAUAAAGGAAUAUCCCACCAAACACUCAGAGUAUUCAGUCAUACUGCAGGAGAGAGAGCGGCAGAGAAUAGCUAAAGAGUACUCUCAAAUGCAGCAGCAGAACCCUCAGAAGGUGGAGGCCAGCAAGGUUCCUGAGUACAUUAAGAAGGCGGCUAAAAAAGCUGCAGAGUUCAACAGUAACUUCAACAGGGAGCGUAUGGAGGAGCGGAGAGCUUACUUUGACCUCCAGACACAUAUUAUCCAGGUGCCCCAGGGCAGGUUCAAGGUGCUGGCACCAGAGCUGACAAGGACGGGGCCCUACCCUGUGGCUCUCAUACCAGGGCAGUUCCAAGACUACUACAAAAGGUACUCUCCCAAUGAGCUGCGAUACUUGCCGUUGAACACAGCUCUGUUUGAGCCUCCACUGGAUCCAGAGCUCCCUGCGCUGGACUCAGAACCCGACUCGGACGACGCCGAGGAUGGCAAGGAUGACAAAAAGAACAAGAACUCAUCUGGCAGUUCUUCAGGCAACACAUCAGACGUGGAGAGCCAGGAGGGAGGAGGUGGACAUGGCCACAAAUCCAAGGCCAAAGACAGGAAAUCCACGCCGGGCAAAGACAGCAGCCAUCGCCAUUCUGCCUCCCACAAAGCCACCCCAGGGUACAAGCCUAAGGUCAUUCCCAAUGCUAUAUGUGGCAUUUGCCAGAAGGGUAAAGAGGCCAACAAGAAGGGCAAGCCAGAGGCUCUCAUUCACUGCUCCCAAUGUGAUAACAGCGGCCACCCGUCCUGCUUGGACAUGAGCGUUGAGCUGGUGUGUGUGAUCCAGACGUACCGCUGGCAGUGUAUGGAGUGUAAGACCUGCACCGUGUGCCAGCAGCCGCACCAUGAGGACGAGAUGAUGUUCUGUGACAAAUGCGACCGAGGAUACCACACAUUCUGCGUGGGCAUGGACUCCAUACCUACUGGCCUUUGGGUAUGUGAGGUUUGUGACAAAGACUUCACCACACCCAAGAAGAAGGGAGGAGCCAAAACACCUAAGAAGUCCAAGUCAGCAAAAAAAUGAUGAACAGCAUCAUUAACCACAAGACUUUGACCAAUUUCUCAAUGUCAUUCUUUCAAUCAUUUGCAGAAGAAGUAAACAUUUUAAAACAUCAGAUCAUUGUGAUCCAAAAAUAAACAGAAGUGUAGCCCUCCUACCAAAUACCAACAAUCCAAACACAAGACCUUAACCUGCUGUUACUCUUUGUUGAUUGGCAGGUCUUUAAAUACACAGGCUAACACUAGAAAACUAACUUAUUAAUCUUUUCUGUGAACGCUUUGAUGACAUCAGUAAGGCGGGCCUAUAAUUUGAAUCAUAAUCAGUUGGGAAACAAGUCAAAUUAUACCUCAAAUGUACGUUCUCAAAAAAUCAAGAUCAGGCAUUAACUUUAGCCUGGCAUCUCUGUUCUGUAAUGUUAGAGACUCCAUACAUACAUAAUGUUAACAGCUAAACUGUAAAUCAAAUCCAUCCACAUGUACUGCACUAAAUCCUGUGAUCUGCUAACCACUAACCGUAUCAGUGCACCCCUACUUCAUUUCUGCUGCAGAGUUGAGCUGUUUGCUUGGAAACAAAUGGUGCUUUUGAUCCUGUACUACUGUCACUGUACUGUUAACAAGGGCUCACUGAUGUAAUUCAGUUUCUUUCAAAACAACAUUUUUGUAUGUUCUUUUGUAUCUGAUAAACUACAGUUGGUAUUUUUUAAUUAACAUGUAUUUGCUGAGGCAGGCCAGUAAAGAGCAAUCUUAUUUAAACAAAGUCUUGUCUUAAAUGAUGACACAGUGCUUGUGAUCCUGUGUAAUGAAAUGUAAUAGACGCUGGCUUUGGUAGAACUCAUGGCUGCAGCGGUUUUCAGGUAUUUAUGUGAGUCUUGAUUACUGAAACAAACUGUCUCACUUUACAUGUAUUGAUUUUGUUGUCAACCCUCCACUAUUAAUUAUUAUAUAAAAAUGUAACCACUCACUGUAAUGACUUUGAAAUGAAACAUCCAUCAGCUAUGAUUAGUCAACUGAUAUUUUUGCAGUUAGCUUGAAAGAAGUUAUUUUUGUUUGUUAUUUUUUAAAAGAUUUUUUUAUUUCGUAUUGUCCUUCAGUAAGCAAGCUGUUUAAGGAAUAUUUGUUGCUAAUAACGUCAUAGCCACUGAAUUAAGAAAUGUUUUUUUUUUUCAAUAAAAGCUAGUUAAAAAGA